AUGGAACUAAUAGAAGAUGACGAGCGAGCGUAUAAAAUUGAUGGCAGGAAUUGUACACGUGUUACAUCACAGCUUAAGGGUGUAGAAUGUGAGCAAAUCAAUGAAUUGUUGAUACCAAAUGGAACUAGCAAGACUCGUGUGGAAAAAGUGGAAACUAGAAACAAAAUAACCACGCGAAACUGCGCGGAAGUACAUCAAGAACGUGUUUACUCGAAGAAUCGGCGAGAUAUUGACGUUCACAAGCCUUGCAAUCCAGUAUCGAUUGGUGUAGUGGAUAGACAGGAAUCUGGAUCAAAAACGAAGCGAUCGAUGAAGUCUUCGCGAUUGCAAGAGUAUGCUUUUGGUAGUGAUCGAUUGGCUAGACCAUACAAUCUUGAUUCAGCUCAAACGAAAGACAAAAGUCAAAGCGAUUUAGUAAUAGAUCAAACACCAGUCACAAGUCACUUGAAAAUUUCUACUUGUCAUCGUUUGCUAACAACAUCUGAAGAUGCACGAGAUACGCAUGUUAAAAAUAUUCGUCGUAAGGUCCAACUACACAAAUCAUGGCAUGAUUGUAAACAUAGUGAAAGGAAUAAUCUGGAGGUCAUGAUGUCUCGAACUAAAAAUCAUCAGAUUGUAUCACCUAAGGAUGUUCUUGAGCUGCGAAGUUUCAACUUAGAAUCAUCAUCGACUUCCGUGUCUGAGAGUCACUUGAGUAAACCUACUAAAGUCUCUACUGAACCUUUGAAGGUCAAUGUGGCGCAUGAUAAUGAAGUUCUUGUCUGUACAUUCUGUUUGAUACAAAACGCAGUUUUAUGGUGUUUCUCAUGCUUUACUGUCUUUUGUCAAAAGUGUUGGGAAAAGGUUCACAAGUAUCCAGUCGAUAUGUCGAAUGUUUCGACUCAAAUGAAUGAUCUGCCUCUUUGGCCUACGAUUUCUAGUAUGAAUAAAAGAAAUCCGAAAGAUGAGAUAUUGAAACAACGUGUAGCUACGAUUGAGAAGAUGAUGAGACCUGGCACUUUGGUAAAAGGAUUGUCGCUAACGAAUGUGACACAGAAACGAAUGACUCCAGAUGAGAAAAUUGCGAUUGUUCUGCCUACGUUUUGA